UCAUACAAGUAAUACAACUAAUAAUUAGCCUUUAAUUAAAAUUAGAAAUUGAAGAAACAAUGAAGAGAGAUCAACUCUUUGUGCUUCUAUUACUUCUCUAUCCAAGUUUGGCAUAUGCAAAUGAGGGUAAACCCAAGAAAUGGUGGUCAACCCCUCUUAUAAUAGUCAUCUACGUAGGGUUCUUCCUAUUAGCGGCGGCCGUAGCCCUUUGCAUACGUCACUAUCACGACCGCCGCCGCCUCAACGGCCGGCCGCGGGAGGAACGUCGAGGUUUGGACGCGGACGAGAUUGAGUCGCUCCCGUCGCUAAGAUUCUCCGAGAUGAAAAUGAAACGGCUUUAUAAAGAAGGCGGUGGUGAUCAAGAACAAGAUCAAGAGUGUGCGGUUUGUCUUAGUGAGUUUAAGGAACAAGAAGUGUUGCGCAUUUUGCCUGAUUGUUUUCAUUUGUUUCAUCCUUCUUGUAUUGGGCCUUGGCUUGCUUCUCAUCUCACUUGUCCAAUUUGCAGGUCAAGUUUGGAGCAUAGGCAGGGAUCUAGUGUGAGCAUGUCCUCCAUAUUUGACGGUAUUUCAGGUCCUCUAUCACAGAGAUUUGGUCUUAGUGGUUAUCAUCAACACGAUGUUAACGAUCACGAUCACGACCACGACCACAACCACGACGACGAAGAUCAUGUUACUGUUAUAGAUAUAGAAGGGUCAUCCUCAAAUUCACAUUCAGAAGUUAAUCUUGAUGAUAAUCAUGCUCCAAUUAUAAGAGUCGUAACAAAAUUACAAAGGUCCUACUCAACUGGUGACUUAAAAUUAUUUCCUAAAGAAAUUAGUCCAAAGAGUGAUUAUCAUUAUACAACCAGUUGUAACACGCGUUAUUUGAGUUGCAUUUCUUCUAAAUCGGAUCGUUUUGUGGAUUAUUCGUCGUUAUUGUUGUUAAUCGGGUCGCCGACCCGUGUAACGACAGUGUCCGACCCGUAAGACAUGGUUUGGUAGUGUUACUUUGAGUUUUAACUUUGUAAAUCGAGUGUUUAUACAUGUAAAAAUGAGUCAUAUGUUAGGCGAUACAAAUUAUUUGAGAAAAAAUCAAAGUGGUGUAAUGGGUUAUUUUAAUCAUUUUCAACCCCUAAUCCUACGU